UUGUGUCCCCCCAGCCUCCUGAGGCGCCUGGUGACGCUGAUUUCGGCUCAGGCCGCGCUCGGCGCCUCCAGCCAGGCUUUCCGCAAGCAGGCCGAGGGCGCCAGCCAGGCUGCACGGCAGUACCUGGAGGAUAAUGACGCUCUCAGGAAGCAGCUGAAGGAGUCUGGGGGGGCCCCGUCCCCCUCCCGGGACGAGAACGAGACCCUCAAGGCCAAGGUGGAGUCGCUGAAGGAGGAGCUGGAGCUCAGCAAGAAAGCCCUGGAGAAGGCGGAGAGCGAGGUUCAGGCCAUGCGGCGCCAGGCCCAGGGAUUGACCCGCGAGUACGACCGGCUGCUGGAGGAGCACGCGCGGCUGCAGGCCGCUCACGACGGUCCCCGAGACAAGAAGGAGGAGUGAGGGGGCGUGGCCAAUCCAAGCCACGCCCACCGGACAAAGCCACGCCCACAAACGGCUCCAAGCCCCGCCCCCGGGACCAGACCACGCCCACAAACGGUUCCAAGCCACGCCCACAACUCCAUAUAUGGGAAGCGUCCGGUUUUAAACGCGGUGAUUUUGGGGACCCUCCCCCCUUUUUUUUUCGGUUUUUGGGGUCCAAAUUGGUUUUUGGGGGGUCCAAGCCUCGUUUUGGGGAGGCUGAGCCUCCCCCUCCUGUUCUUUUUGGGGUUUUUGGGGACCCCUCCCCGGUUUUUUUCUGCUUCAAUAAAAACACCUCGGGUUGGGUUUUUGGGUUUGGGUCCCAAAAUUCUCACCUGGGACCCCCAAAUUUCGCA